AUGCGGGCUUCGUUGCCUCAGGGGCUUUCUAUGCCCAUUUCUUCGAAGCAAAAAUUUGAUAGCCGAUUUAAAAACCCUCUAAGUAGUGGUGAGGGGCCUCCUCGGGUGUCUGUACAGCCCGUGCGUAUCUCUGCGCCUGUAACUGCAGCAGCAGCAGCAACAGCAGCAGCUGCUGCGUGUGCUGCAGCAACAGCAGACCGAGCAGCAGCAGCUGUUGUGCAGCAAAAUAUCGCCGCCACAGGAAAAACCUUCAAACCCGUACGGAGGUUACCGCAACCGCCCCCGCAGCAGCAGCAGCAGCGCAGCAGCAGCAGCAGCAGCAGCAGCUUCUACGAUGACGCGCUGCAGCAGCAAACAGGCGUCCGUGUGCCGGCUGCUUUAGCUGGCAGCAGCAGAAAUAUGCUGCAACAGGAUGACCGCAGCAAUACUCCGCAGUCAGCAGCAGCACUUGAAGCUGAGGGAAGCACUUGGUGUUGGUUUCUUAGAAGAUGUCUCUCAGAUGCAGCAGCAGCAGCAGAUGCAGCAGGUGCUGCUGCUGCUGCUGCUGAUAGCAGCAAACGAAAGAAACAAGGGGAGAACACCCUUGGGGUAGACAGAAGCGCAGGCUGGGGAGCAGCAGACAGCCUUGCAGCAGCAGCUCCUGCUUCUGCUGCUGCUGCUGCUGCAGAGGACGAAGACUUCAGCAGCAGCGCAGCAGAUGGUCUGGGGCCUGCUGCAGCAGGUGAAGAGGAAGCAGCAGCAGCAACUGAUAUAGACACACCGCUGCUGCGGGUCCUUGCUCUUGGUUGCGAGCUGUUUAUAGAUGAAGUGCUUCAUUCUGCUGCUGGGUAUGCUAUCGCGAGGCAGCAGCAGCAGCAGCAACAACAACAGCAGCAGCAGAAUCAGCAGCAGCAACAGCAGCAGCAGCAGCAGCUCUUGCUGCAGUGGCUGCAACAGCCAGCUGUUCUUUGUGUUCAAGAUGUAGAUUUCUGCCUAGAAAGGCUUUGGGGGGAGGACUUGCUGCUGGCGCUGCAGCAGCAGCAGCAGCAACAGCAGCAACAGCAGCAGCUGCUGCAAGAAGACCAACUACCUUGUCCUACCGGCUAUGAGUGCCUGUCUCCUUUGCAGCAGCAGCAGCAGCAGCAGCAGGGAGACGGGAGCAGCAGCAGCAGCAGUAACAGCAACAACAACAACAGCAGCAGCAGCAGCAACAGCUUUGGCGAGUCAGCAGCAGCAGCAACAGCAGAAGAUCCGUCAGAUGAGAUGGAGCUGUUCGAUGCGUUAUUCACAGAUCCAGCAACAGCAGCAGAGGACUCUGCUGCUGCUGCUGCUGCUGGUAGCAGCAGCAGCAGCGUGGGCGCUCUUGAGCCCCAGCAGCAGCAGCAGCUGCAGCAGCAGCAGAUGCAGCAGCAGCAGCAGCAAGAAGAAGUAGACGAGCGUAAUUUUCUGUCUCUUGAACCUCCUACCUCUGGCGAGUCACCGGAGGGGACUGCUGCGGGGCUUCAGGAUGCAGCAGCAGCAGCAGCAGCAGCAGCAGGACCUGCUGCAGCAGGAGUUGAGGGAGAUUUGCAGCAGCUGCUGCAGCGGGCCUCAUCGCUAGCGUCUUCUUGGGCUGCUGCUCGUUGUGCUGCAGCAGACAGCAGCAAAGCAGCAGAAGAGAGCUUCACGCUGCAGGAGGUGUUUGAAUGCUCCCCCUUCGAUCCGUCUUAA